AUGGGUAUGGUAGCUCCUUUCCCAAUUCCGCUGGCAAAAAUAUGUAAAUUCGUAGAUCCUGCAUCCAGAUUAAAUUGUGCAGUCGGUGUUGAUACUGCUUUACGUAUGGGACAAUUAAGCACAUAUUCAUAUAUCAUUAUGGUUCUGCAUUUUCUUAUGUGUAAGUUAGAUAGACCCGUUAUUCCAAGUCUCCAGGAUCUUUACAGUGACUGUAGCUCUCCAGAAUGUUUUUAUAACCGAAACCACGGUCUUGUACCAUCAUUCUUUGACAACAAAAUUGAAAAUAUUCAAGUCCGCUUUCAUGAUUGCGUUCGCGUAGAAAAUAGAAAAACAAACGUUUACAGUACUUUUGACUCUGAUGAUACUGAUGGUGAUAACCAUUAUACUCCGUGGUAUAGUGAUAAUAACGAUAACCUAGGUUCAUUGUUCAUUGAUUUUUUGGAUUACUUUUCAGUCAAGAAAAACUUCAAAAGAAUCUCAAUUAUCUGUGAUGAUGGCGAUCUUGUAAAUGCUGUCGAAAAAGAUUGGAGACAAUACUAUGUGGGGAUUCAAGAUCCCUUUUUUACCAAGAAAAAUAUUGCACGUAAUAUCAAGUACCAUGGAUUGGAUAAUGUAGUGGAAAUAUUUUCUUCGGCGGCACAUCUUUUGAGAAAAGGAGGUUCUUUCCAAGAUAUAUGUGAAAUGUGA